ACAUCAUCAACGAGUUAUAUCUGUAGUCACUUACUAAAAUACUCGUUCGAGGAUUUCCAGGAGGUUGACUCCAGAUUUACUCUCGAGAAAUAACAAAAGAAUUUCCAAUGGACAGCUGUUUGCCAUACAUUCUUACUGGAUGUAUAUUUUAUGGCUUUGGUUUAAAGUGGUGCUAUGAAUAUGCCAAAUAUUGGGUGUCUCUGAGGUCUAGAGAUGAUUCGAAUACAACCAAGGGAUUAAAACUUAUAGAAAAAUGUGAAAAGUUAAUAAAUAGGCACCCUAUCGAUGGGAGCUUGAAACUGAUAGCAACUGCUAUAGGUCUAGCUAGUACGAUAACUGGUGGGAUGCAGCAAACUGAGACUGUGUCUCCCAAAGUUGUACUUGCAACAAUUUAUCUCUUUUUUGCAUUCUCUGGUCUUGUUGAUGCUUUAAACUUCUACUUUCCUCACAAUGUGAGUGAAGGUUUAGUUAAACUGGCACUUGCACAAAGCUUCUUUAUAGAAGGAUUUCUUUUAUUAUGGGGUAACAUGGGAAACAGUGUGACAGUCAAUUUAAUAUUAGCACUUAUAGUAUGGACAACAUCUCUGGCUAUUAUUUUGGAACUUGUGUGGCCAGAAUUAAAGCUCUUGAGAGCUUGUACAACAUUGCUUCAUGGUAGUUGGAUAGCACACAUGGUACGGAUAUAUCAGAUAAUACCAAUGCAAACAGAAAUUGUUGCACUUGUAUUUUCUUGGCAUGUGGCUGCUGCUUCAGCUGUGACAUUAUGCGUAGUAGCAGUGACAAGAAGCUGUGCUCCUAGAAUUAUAUUGGAAGAUCCACCAGAGAUACCCAUCUAUGACUAUUGUCAAGAGCCAGAUCAGAGAAUGUAAAUGUCUCAAGUAAUUUUGUGCAAUUAGAAAGCAUUUAUAACAUGCAUAUGAAUAAUAUUUUUAGAGUGGUAUAUUCUAAAAGUAGUUUCAGGAAGUAUAAUAAUCUAAAACCUUUUCAAUUUUGAUACAAUAUUAAUAUUUUUUUACUUAAUAUUUAUAACAUUAAGAAAUACCCUUUUAUACUACAACGAACAGUAUCUAUUUUAUACGACCCUUAUAUAAGCAUGGUAAUAUAAGCAAUAUUCUAAUACCAAAACAGUAGAUAAAAAUACUCAUUAGCAAUUAAGAGGUGCCUUAUGAUAUUAUUGCUCAUUUAUUUAUUCCAUAGAAUACAUCAUCUUUUGUAAUCAAUUUUUCUAUUCAUCAUAAACAUACUGUAUGUGCCAAAAAAAUUUGUAUCAUUAUACAUUGUAAAUAAAUCAUUUCAUUAAACAUUUAUACUCCACAAAUUUAGUUGUUUAUUACUAUUUGCUUAUUGAAUAGGUAUUUUGCGUAAGAAUUUAUAAUAGCUUCUGCCUUUAUUUUUCAUUUAUCGAUUUACAUAUUCAAAUUUGAAAAGCAUACCAACAUAAAACAAUGUUAUUAUGCUAUAGGGAAAUUUUGCGUAAAGCAAGGUACGUUUACAAAGUAACUAAACUCAUUGACAAUACGCCCAAACGCCUGCGCAUGCCGCCACGUUAACGUGGUGUUGUGCUUUUCUAUGGAAUUAUUAGUUUUAGUAGUAAACGACUUACACGUGACUUUAAAACUGAAAAGACUGAUAGAACUGACGUGUCCUUAAUGAAAAAACGUGGCAAUUUCAAGCUAUAUUGCUAGUUUAUUUAUAUGAUUUUUAACUGAGUCAGCGAAAUCGAAACAACUAUUUGCGUUGUCUGACAUUGCUACUCGUAAUAUGCAUAUAAAAAAUUAAUUUUUUUAUCGAAAAUAUAUCCGUCAGAUUGUCACAGGUAUAAUAUACUAUUUUAUACACGGUACUAAGGUUAUAUUGAUAAUGACCACGUCAAUGUUGUUACUCCUGACAUACCAUAAAUAAUUCAUUUUAUUAACGAGCAAGUGAUUGUUCUAUUAAAAAAUGAUCACGUAUUAUUUGAACCUGAAAGCUACGUUGAAAUAUUGUGGAAUAUUAUAUUGAUAAUUACGGUGUAACUCAGAAGAUGUGUAAUACUUUGGUUCAAAG